AUGAACACGGCCAGUGUUGAAGCGUAUCCAUCUGGUCGACCGCAAUCAUUCGCAGACAGGCUCCCGUAUGUUGGUAAUAACGCCUCGCUUAUCCAGAUGAAUAACCUCAGUUUUUUCCCGACCUUCAACUUAAUACCUAGCAGACGCUUGCGCAGGGGUUGUGAUUUUCAUAUUGAUAUGAAAACAUCCGCAGAAUACAAGCGAGUAACCUCAGUUUUUUCUGCUCGAGUAAGCCAGUUCAAAUAUCGUAGUAGUUCAAAGGCUCAUCACGAGUACGGAAUGAGGCUAAACCAGGCUUUGCAAGAAGCGCCAGAUUCUAGGAAGUUAUUAAAUCUGAGAGGAAAAUGGGAUAAUGACGAAUAUAGGGAUGAUUGGGCACGUUAUGAAGAUUUGCUAGAAGAUAGAAAAACCGAUAAAAUUCUUCUAAAAUCCGAUUACUCGACUUAG